AUGAGUAGCAGUAGCAGCAGCAUCAAUGGUAUUAUUAAUAACAAUAAUAGUAAUGGUAGAGGAGCAAACAACGGCACCAGCAGCGGUAGCAGCAGCAGCAGCCAACAAGCUUGUGCGGCAUGUAAAUACCAGCGAAGGAAAUGCACUCCUGGUUGUACUCUCGCCCCUUAUUUCCCAGCAGACCAACAACGUCAAUUCCUUAAUGCACACAAGCUAUUCGGUGUAAGUAACAUUCUCAAAAUCAUACGAAAUCUUGAUCCAUCUCAAAAAGACGAAGCAAUGCGUACAAUGAUCUUACAAGCCGAUAUCCGAGCCAAUGAUCCUGUUGGUGGAUGUUAUAGAUUGAUUCAUGAAUUACAGUGUCAGAUCGAACGUGAUAAAGCUCAACUCCAACUCGUUCUUCAUCAACUCGCUAUUUGUCGUGCUCAAGCUCAGGCUCAUUUACAAUUGUUGCAGCAACAAGAAGCCAUUAAUAAUAAUAAUCAUAUUCCAGAUCCUAUUUCUGCUGCUUCUUAUGUAACAACAACAACCCCUCCUAUGCUUCCCCAUCAUCAUCAUCAUCAUCAUCAUCAACAACAACAAGGUUACUUUGUGCAGGACAACACCAAUCAUCAUUACCACCAAGGUAUUAAUAACCAAUGGGUUAUGCAACAUGAUCCUAACCCUAACCCUAAUAGGAUCAAUGAUGAUCCUGAAGCUUCAUCACCUCUUUCUUCUUUACAUGUUAAUAAGGAGUCUUUCAUGAAUGAAUGUGAGGAUAUCAAACCACUUCUUGGAAUCUUUGAGGAUAGGCAGCAGCAAUCCCUUCCCUUUGAUCACAAAGAUUCCAUCCAAUGCAGUGACAAUGCUGUACUAAAAGAAGAUGAGGCUGAUUCAGUGGUGCUUAAAGGAGAAGAUAACUCAAUGGAGCAUGUUCCAGAACAUGAUUUAAAGGGGGCAGCUUCUUUAUUUACUCUUACAAAUUGUAACAGCUAAGGCUAGCAAUGUGAAACAAAACAUCUCUCCCCAAAAAGAGAAAAAAUGCCCU